AUGUCUUUGGAAGAGCUUAAACAGCAACGUGCUAACAUUAAGAAAAACAUUUCUCGCAUAAAAAAUAUUGUGGAGGCCAGUCUACGGCCAGGUGCUAAACUACUUUCAUCAGCCGAGUAUAAAUGUCGACUUGGCAUUCUUGAAUCAUACUUCAAAAAUGUAUUGUCUACACAGACGGAAAUCGAAAGGAUAGAUUCAGAGGAUUGCGGACGUAUGGAUCUUGAGGAGCUGUAUAUUACAACAAAAUUAAUCAUCCAGUCACAGGUAACCGAGGAUCACAACAAUACACUGUCAGACACCACUUGUGUAAUGCAAGCGGGAUCAAAGCUGCCCAAACUUAAACUUCCCUCAUUCAACGGCAAGUACUCUGAAUAUCAAAACUUUAUAACAUCCUUUCAGCAAAUUAUUGAUCGAGAAUAUAGCUUAUCUAAUAUAGAGAAGUUUAAUCAUUUACGCAACUGUCUCACUGGACCGGCAUUAGAAACUAUUGACGCUUUUCAAGUCUCCAAUGAAAAUUAUUCGAAGGCAUUGGAAAGGCUUAAAACUCGGUACGAUAACCCAACUCUCAUAUUUUUAGAAAAUAUUUCGUCUUUAUUUGAACUCUCGUCCAUUUCUAAGCCCAAUGGUGGUCAGUUGAGAAGUUUACUCGAUAAAGCAUCAGCAAUUUACGGUUCAUUGUUGUCAUUAGGAAGUGAAAGCCAAAUUUCACAAGCUAUGCUCAUUUAUUUAGUUUUAAAAAAGGCAGAUGAAGAAACCAAUCGCAAAUGGAAAGAGUCAUUGGACUUUAAAACUUUGCCAAGUUGGAAGGAUUGCACUCACGUUUUGGAGAGACAUUGCCAGUACCUCGACUCAAUUGAUAACGCGCACACCGUUGGAUACGUACACCAAAGCACUACUAACGCUCACAGAUCGAAACCUUCUCGUAAGGGUUAUUCAUUUUCUUGCUCCAACUCGCUUUGUUCGGUAUGUUCCAGCAACAUUCAUAAAAUACACAAUUGCGACCGUUUCAAGGCGCUUAGUGUAUCGCAACGCUUUGACCAUGUAAAACAGUUGGGCCUUUGUAUUAACUGUUUGGCAAAGGGACACCAGUUAUCGAACUGCCCAUCAACGCAUAAGUGCAAGAUAUGCUUUCGUCACCAUCAUACCUUGUUACAUCGUCAGAUUACGCCAGAUUCAUCAAAUUCUACUUCGACAUCUGCUGUUCACACACACAUGGACAAUUCGUCAUCGCUUGAUAACAUCAUCCUCGCCACAGCGGAGGUUCUAGUUCGCGACGCUACUGGAAAUUAUCGUCCUGGCCGCGCUUUGCUUGACUCUUGCUCCCAAGUCAAUUUCAUUACUGACGAGCUUUCACAAAAGUUGAUGCUUCCACGCAGUAAACACAACAUUGAGAUACAAGGCAUUGGUAAGUCCUCUACCAAUAUAAGGUACAAAACUUCCACAAAUAUUAAAUCGCAAGCGACUAGUUUCGAAUUACCUCUUGAGUUUUGUAUUACUUCGCACAUCGCUUAUCAUCCGGAACCGGAGAUAGAUACAUCUACUUGGCACAUUCCACUAAAUAUAGUACUCGCUGAUAAUCAAUUCAAUAAAUCAAAGACAAUUGACUUACUACUGGGAACGGAGAGUUUCUUUAGUUUACUUUCCGUAGGACAAAUUAAACUUGGUAAUAAUCUUCCAAUUUUACAGAAAACGCUACUAGGUUGGGUAGUCUCGGGACGCUAUCGAACGAACACUAACGCGCUUAAUACCAAAUGCUUGUUUGUCUCUGAGGAGUCCAUCGAUUCAAAGUUGGAAAAAUUGUGGCACAUUGAAGAAAUUGCAACAAAGCCGGACGUGUGGACACGAGAACAACAUAGCUGCGAAAAGUUAUAUAAUGACACCGUAUCUAGAAGUCUAAAUGGUAGGAUCAUUGUGAACAUCCCAUUCAAGGAUGAUCCUUCCUGCUUGGGUGAAUCUUAUAACACCGCUCUGCGUCGAUUCAAUGCGCUAGAACGUCGGUUACAGCAGUUACCCAUACUCAGGAAACAAUACGUAGACUUCAUGGAAGAAUAUGAAAGUCUAGGCCACAUGGAAGCAUUGCCCAACCCAAACUUGGAAAAGCCUCAUUACUAUAUCCCUCAUCACUGCAUUUUGAAACCAAAUAGCACCACGACGAAAUUGCGAGUUGUAUUCGAUGCAUCUUGUCGAACAACUACGCAAAAAUCGAUAAACGACAUUCAAAUGGUUGGACCUACAAUUCAAAACGAACUUCAUCCAACAAACGGAAAUAUCACUAAAAGAGCAAUACUAUCCAUCGCUUCAUCGCUCUUCGACCCACUCGGACUACUAGCACCAGUAAUCGUAACCGCUAAAAUUCUACUUCAGGAGAUUUGGUUGCUGAAGCUUGAAUGGGAUGAAUCGGUUCCCCAACACAUCGCUUCGGCGUGGAAAGCAUUCGUCAAAAAUUUCUCGGAUCUACCUUCAGUUAAAAUUCCAAGAGUAAUGGAUACUUCAGAUGUAAUUACAUCUAGCAUGAGUCUUCAAAUGCGACAUAAUCAAAAGAAGGUAUUAACUAUUCCAGCAGAAGUUAGAGCGUUGUUUGCAACGCCAGAAUCAAACAAGGACGAAGAAUUACAAUCAGUGUCCACCACUCAAGACAGCGAUGAUGAUGAUGAUAAUGAUGGCGAAGACCAUAUUAAUAGAAGUGUGUUCGAAGAUUAUUCAAUAUUAGACGAAAUUGAAUUGACGGAUGAAGAAUAUGAGAAUAUUCAAAGUGAAUUUUAA